UCUGUUGAAAUUAAGAUCUCUCCCUUCUCUUUCUUUCUUUAAACAUCGACAACUACGUCGACCUAAAUAUUUUUAAAAGUAUUACAUAUAGUAUUUAUAUUACAUAUCAUUGCAUAUCACCAAAUAGCUACAAAUUAUUUUACACUCAAUUAAAGUCAGUGCAGCUAAAACGAACGAAUAAUAUAAUGGCUUUUGUACGAAGGACGUGGUUGGAUUUUUGGAUUAAUUCGAUAAGAGAACACAGAGAGAAAACUUUUUCCAGCUUCUCUUUAUAAUUGCAAAUGUGAUUUUUUAUAAAAUUCAAGUUUGUCGCUUAUUUUAUGCAGCUAUCUCAAUCAAAUCUUUAAAAAGUAUAUCCAGACACUUUUUUUUACAUGAAAUAUUGUGAUACUUUUUAAACUUAUAAGAGAUUAAAAAACAAGUUUUGCAUAUUGAAAUUGAGAAGAGAUUUAUAUACUGGGUGAAAAGAUGGAACAGAAUUUUGGAUUUGUGGAUAUGUUAGAAGAGAGACGAAAGGAUUGUGACUUCUUUUGGGCAACACGUCCCAUGAAUCCUUUAUUACCACACAUGUUGCCAACGGAAUUAGUUUAUAAUAGGGAUGAGAUAAUACAAUCUGUUUUGCUUGAUGCUCAAGUCAGAGCUGUAAUUGAAACAAUGGCAAAGACAACAGCAGUUGACGUAAAAGAUGUUGAAAAUAAUGCUCGUGCCAUGAUAAACGAGAUGGCUAGUAGAGCAGAUUUGGCAACAGUUCGUUGGCUAGGUAUUUUCAUUACAAAAGCUAUGAAGAGAAUGUUCUGGAGAAUUUAUGUAAAUGAAAUCAAUCUUUCCAACUUGAGGAGGGAAACACAGAUAUCUCAGAUACAGUAUGUUUAUGUACCGACUCAUAGAAGUUAUCUGGAUUUUAUUCUGCUGUCGUACAUUCUUUUUUCUUACGACAUGGCAUUACCGAAUAUCGCGGCUGGUAUGGACUUUUACAAUAUGAAAAUAAUUGGAGAACUAUUGCGAAAAACUGGAGCGUUUUAUAUACGACGUAGUUUCUCUAACGAUUUAUUAUACAAGCAAAUUUUUCGCUCUUAUAUCAACAAUAUCGUUAGUCAUAGCGAUAGAGCGAUAGAAUUCUUUCUCGAGGGUACUCGAAGCCGUAGUCAGAAAAGCACAAUGCCGAAAUAUGGUCUUCUAGCCAUUAUCUUGGAAAGUUUACUUCAAGGCGACGUACCCGAUAUACAUUUUAUACCUAUGAGUAUUAGUUACGAACGACCACCAGAAGAAUUAUUAUUUACUUACGAAAUACUAGGAGUUCCGAAGCCGAAAGAAAGCACAGCCGGACUUUUUCGAUCAUUUUCUAUAUUACAGAAGCCUUUCUCUUAUGGUCGCAUUUACUUUAACAUUGGAAAACCAAUUUCUGCUCGUCAAUUUGUAGAUACAGUACAUCGCAAAAGGAAAGUCAUAAAUCCCUCUUUCAAAAUCUCAUCAUCGAUUGUAGAAGAUGUAGCUUAUCAUAUAAUAGAAUCGCACAAGAACAAUACUGUACUUAUGCCGAUCAAUAUCGUUGCCUUGCUCUUCAAUGAAAGACUCCAGAUGAAACCAAAGGAACCGUAUACACUUGAUUCAUUGACCAAAGAUUAUCGAUGGUUUAAAAACUUUAUUACCAAAAAAUUGAGAGCGUUAAUGUAUGAAACCAAAAAAAUCAAUGAUAAUGAUGAAAUCAAACAAGAGAUAUUAGAAUCUUUAAAACCACAUGACGAAUUAAUUGUAUUUGAUUCAUUAAAUACAUUAAAACUCAAACAACGACAUAAAGCAAGUAAAUUACUGAAUCAAUCAUCAAAUAUCAAAGGACAUUCUUUAUCUGAACGCACUAUGCAAAUAGCAGUACCUGCCAUUAAUAUUGCAAUUUAUAUCAAUCCAACUUUGACUUUUCUGGCAGAAACAGCUUUCUUUACUGCAACGAUAGAAGAAAAUGGUACUCAAAACGGAAUAGCUUUUGAGCGAUAUCAGGUACUAAGAAAAUUGCUCAGCACUGAGUUUGUAAUACGUCCGAGUGAAGAUAAAGAUUUAAUUAAAACAGAAUGGGAAAGGACAUUGAAUAUAUUACUGUCGGAAGAUUGCUUAUAUAUAGCGAAAGACUCGAUUCGUCCAGGAAAAAAUACGCAACUGUUUUCUAUUUUGCAUAAUGUGAUAUUACCAUUCAUAGACGUGAUAUAUGUGAUAUGUACUUUAUUAUUCGAGUGGAAUGAAAGAACAUCAGACAAACUCACGGAUCGGACGAUUCUUGUGGAAGCGCAGAAAGAAGUUGAAAGAUUAAUGCUCGAAACUAGAGAUUGGUGUCAGCAUCCCUACUGUUUAUCUCUUGAUCUCUAUAAUACAACAUGGUUCAAUUUAUUAUCGCAAGGUAUUAUUAUUACACACCCGGAACGUAGCAAUAUAUAUCAAACGGAUAAAGCGAAAUUAGCAUAUCUUAUCGACGUAUUGCGUGAGUUACCAUUACGACGUCCCGUAGGAACCUACGUCGACGCGCUACCUUUCAUUAUUUUAACGUCAUCGGUGAAUACACAAGCUAAAUUGUAAUGUUCAUUUAUUGCGAAAUAAUAACGGUUUCGGUAUGUUAAUACUAACAGUGAUGUAAUAACACUAAUUGACAAAUUGAUUAACUUUAUACAAAAAUUUAGAUAGGAAAUGGACUAAUAAGCCAGGCACAGCAAACUUUUCUUAAAAUAUCUUUCAAUCAACAUUUUGGUCCUUUCUUUUAUUUGGGCCAUUUUUUCAUUGUUAUUUGAUUAAGUUUAAUUAAUAAAUAUUUUGAAAUACAUUAUUAUAUAAUAUGUACAUUCCAAUUUUGCUCAACAAAAGAAUGAUUGAUGAUGAGAUACCGAUAUCCAUAUACAAAUAUGCUCUAUUAUUGAUGAUACAAUGAUGAGAAUCAAAUGUUUUUUCGUACAUGUUCUCAUAAAAAUUAAUAUUGGAAAAUUGGAACUUAAUAAUUAUCAUAAAGCUUGUAUAAUUUUUAACCAUUUAUUGUUUCAUAUAAAACGUCCAAACGUAAAUUAUUUCGACAUUGACUAUGAAGAUAUUAGUAACAAGAGAGAAAAUUUUAAAAAAUCUUAUUUUAAAAAAUAAAAAAUAAUUGAAAUUAUAACAUGAAUAUUUGCAAAAUAUUAAAAUUAUUUUUAUCCUUCUAAGCGGACUUAAAUUUUCAUCCAUAUUUAAAUUAUUAUUUUGAAAUAAAUUUAUCGAUUGGUCACACACACUUUACUAAAAAUUAUGCAAGUUUAAAAAAUAGAUGAAAGAUAUUAACUUUCGCAUUUAUUACUUUUUCUCUCUUUUAAAAAACAUUUUAUUCUCUUUUUUCGACAUAUUAUGUUUCACAUUGAAUCAUUCACUCUCUAUAAUUGUAUUCCCACUACAAAAUAUUCAAAUUUAAAAGUCAGAAACAAAACUAUUCAUAUUAUUAAGUAUUCUAGCGGCGUCGUCAUCGAGAUCAGUGGAUCUUUUUCUUUUACCAAGAAAAACCGUUGCAGCUGUUGUAGUUGUCACAGUAUUACUCAUAUUCCGAAACAGGAGCUGCAAAGAUUCCAUUGUCAAUAACACGCCAAAGAAAAGAAAAAAAUAUAGUUGUAGCUAAGGUAAGAUAUUCUAGAAGAGAGAAAGAACAAAAUGUAUCUGUGUCGCAAACAAAAUAUUUCUUACCAUUACUAAUCGAACAAGAUAAACGGCAAACGUGAGGAAUGAUAUAGCCAUCAGGGCUCCUUCUAUCGAUGGAAAUCCUAAGGAAUGAUCAUCGUGACCGUCAUAGCCAUGUCCGUGAUAAUCCGCACCUCUUACUUUUCGACUUGGCGACAUGGUAGCGGUGAGGCGAGACUCUGUCAAUGAAUUAAAAUGUAAAAGCUUUAAAACAAAAUCAUACUGCUCGAGAUACUAUAAAUCUAUUUUUUUUUCAGCUGAACUGGCUGCAUUAGUUCAGAAUUUAUAUUUCCUUCCAAUGUGUCAAAAAGAUAAACUCUGAAUUAACCAGUUCAGCUAAAAAGAAUAAACCUUCCCAGAUAGCAAAAGUAGUCAUUUUGACUACUUCAAUGACUACGUCAAAUUAUGUUAUUUUGAAAACACGUCAAAAUGAUGUCAUAAUUACUGUGGCUAUCUGGGUUAUGUGGUAUCACAAAACGGUACGAAAAGAUUUUACCUAUUUCCGACAUUAAUGUUUUUUCAAACAUUUUGAGAAAGUGAAGUUUUCCUUCGAAUGACACUGGCUGCGACUUCAGGGUACGAUGAACAUUCUUAAGUACGUCUAUGGGCAAAUAUUGAAAUAUACCAUCGUCCCUUUUCAGUGUGUAGUUGUAGUAUUUAUCUCGUGUUUCUUCUUGUUUGUGCGUAGUAGUAAUAGUCGGCGAUGAUUGAGUUGUAAAUGUAUUAAAUCCCGUCGUAUCCUUUGUCGGUGAAAUUGUAUUAUAUCUGUUACUUAAUUUAUUCUAAAACAUUAAAAUUGUUUAUAAUAAUUAAA